CGUGUCGAUGUGUCGUGAUCUUUGGCCUCUUCCGAAAGAAAGAUCAAACCUCGGGGUCUGCAGCAGCACGAUGAAAUUACGGGAGCGCUUUCGGAGGACAGCGAGUGUAAAAACACCGUGCUGCGUUUAGGAUUAACGUUAGGUGAGCGCGCGCGAGCUCUGCCAGCCAGCCCAACGGACAUUGCGUGUGAAUGCGGUGACAGUCAACAGCGUCCUCCCACCCUGCUUUAUAUAAUGGAAGAUCGCAUACAGAUAUGAUGUGUUGAUGCAAACGGGAUAACAUACGGGAGCUGGAAACGGAUCAUACGGUGUUGAGUCGAUUCGCGACGCCUCAGCUCCUCCCGAGACUGUUAUUUCUCGCCUCUGUUACUGUGAAACUGAAGCAAUGGCGAGGUACACGGCAGUCAGGGCUAGAGCCGUUUGCCCUGCUUUCAACAGCUAGCCUUCCGCGGGUGGCCACCUAACCGACUCUAGUGGGACUAGCCGACUCCUGCGGCAACGCGAGCCCCGCGCAGGUGCUGUGUGUACGAGGCGAAGCUGGCGGCGCUCCGGUUAGAGUCGGAGGAGAAGGAUCUGGGCGCCAUGGCGUGGGUGCUGAAGAUGGACGAUGCGACCAUCGAGUCGGGGCUUGUGCACGACUUCGAUGCCAGUUUGUCUGGCAUCGGCCAGGAGCUCGGAGCUGGCGCGUACAGCAUGAGUGAUGUGUUGGCUCUGCCCAUCUUUAAGCAGGAAGAUGUUAGCGUUCCCGUGGAGUCUGACAAGAAUCCUCCGUUUCAGUAUGUGCUGUGUGCCGCCACCUCUCCUGCUGUGAAGCUUCACGAGGAGACGCUCACCUACCUGAACCAAGGCCAGUCUUAUGAGAUCCGAAUGCUUGAUAACAGGAAAAUAGGGGAGAUGCCUGAACUCAACAAGACUGUGAAGAGUUUAGUUAGGGUGGUUUUCCAUGACCGAAGGCUUCAGUACAUGGAGCAUCAGCAGCUGGAGGGCUGGAAAUGGAAUCGGCCUGGCGACCGCCUCCUCGACAUCGAUAUCCCCAUGUCAGUUGGCAUCACCGAGCCCAACACACACACGUCACAGCUAAACGCAGCAGAGUUCCUGUGGGAUCUUUCCAAACGAGCCUCUGUGUUUGUGCAGGUCCAUUGCAUCAGUACAGAGUUCACCCCACGGAAACACGGCGGAGAGAAAGGAGUUCCGUUCCGGAUCCAGAUCGACACCUUUAAACAAAAUGAAAGCGGAGAAUACACUGAGCACCUGCACUCUGCCAGCUGCCAGAUCAAAGUCUUUAAGCCAAAGGGAGCAGACAGAAAACAAAAAACGGACCGAGAGAAGAUGGAGAAAAGGACUCCGCAGGAGAAAGAGAAAUAUCAGCCCUCUUAUGAUACCACUAUUCUGUCAGAGACUCGAUUGGAGCCUGUGAUUGAGGAGGCUGUGGAACAUGAGCUAAAGAAAUCUAGCAAGCGGACACUUCCUGCAGACUGUGGAGAUUCCAUCGCCAAAAGCAAGAGAGGAAGUUGUUCUCCAUGGCCAGAUAAUGCGUACGUCAACCCCAUCACAGCAGCUACACCGACCUUCACCUCCAGCACAAACUCCUACAGCACUACUAGCAGCACAGUACCAGACAGUGAGUCAUCUUCACCUAACCACCAAGGGGAUGCUGGGAGCCCCGUGUCUGUGGAGUCUUUGAACUUUCUGCAGUCUCUGAGUCCCACAUCCUCUAUACAAGACGCACAGAAGUGGCUCCUUAAGAACAGAUUCAACUCAUACACUCGCAUUUUCACCCAUUUCUCAGGUUCUGAUCUACUGAAAUUAACUCGUGACGAUUUAGUCCAAAUUUGUGGUGCGGCCGAUGGAAUCAGACUCUACAAUGCACUUAAAGCACGAGCAGUGCGUCCUAGACUCACGGUCUACGUGUCUCUGGAGUCGUCCCUGAGCGAGAGCCCUCUGCUGGAGAAACGUGGCCGCAGCAAAAACGGCGAACACAGCAGUCGCGCAUCCAUACCCGUUUACCAUGCGCUUUACCUUGAGGAGAUGACCGCUUGUGAGCUCACUCAGAAAAUCUCCAGUGUCUUGGCGCUGCCGAUGGUCCACAUCAACCAAGUCUACAAACAGGGGCCUACAGGGAUACACAUACUACUCAGUGACCAGGUGGUUUAUAACUUCCUUGAUGAGAGCAGUUUCAUUGUCAGCACAAUACAAGAUGACACCAGUGAUGGGUUUCACCUCGUUCUGAAGUAGAUCUGCCUUACGUGAAGCAGAGAGUGCGAUGACAUCACAAGGCUUCAUACUGCCGCUCUCGAGCAUUGAGCGAGUUCCCUCCAUCCUCCUCUCUCCUCCUUUCCUUAUCUCUCUCUCUCUCGUUCUUCACGUCUCAGACGUCGGAGAGAUCGCCGGGGUUGGACAGGGCCUCCUAACUGUUAGAAUCUGACUUCAGUGUGUAAAUUGUUUCAUAUUGAAAACACUUAAACUGAUGCCAGUGUGUGCAAGCGGUGGGCUUUUAAGUGUGUGUGUGCGAGUGAGUUUUUAAAGGUUGAAUCGGGAGGGGAUGGAGGUGAGCGGAAACCGCAAGGAAGUGGAAGAGAACUGUGACCACUUUUACUUAUUGGUGGAAGAACCCGAGCAUCCGGCGCCGAUACGGCUCAGACUCUGUCCUCACUUUGCUAGGUGUGAACGUGCAGUACUUACCUGAGUUUGUUGGCCUUUUGUCUGUGAGUUGUCAAGCGUUUCGCGGCCUGCCCUGCAGACGCCAUCGCAACCCCUCGGUAGACAGUGACGACCUCUCGUUCAAAUGUGGGGAACCGUGUCCUGACUUCGGCAUGCGCAGGACGUCUUUAUGUCUGUCUAUAUGGAUGAAAUAAUUCCUUGAGUUCGAGUACUAACAUGAGGUUGUGAGAAGUUUUGGCUGUAUCCUACUCUCGUCAGUGCUGAUUUCCUCUCUCGAGACCAAUCGUUUCUGGUGCCAUCAUUUCCUCUGUUGACUAUAUUCGGUUAGUUUCUUAGCAUUUACGUUGUGCUUAGCCAGAUGAAUUAAGUGUCAGCUAGUUCCACACGUUUAGAAUUAAAUAAUGGGAUUUGUAGGAUUUUUAGAUUGAUGGUUGUGCUUUAUAUUUUCUGUGCCUGGUAACUAACACUGCCCUUUAUAGUAGCUCCUGGCACGGAUUAUAACACGAUUAUUGAUAAACGAGCACAAUCACAAGCCUCCGUAAAUUAUAUUUCCCAUAAUGCCUUUGCAUUCUUUUAAUUUGUACCUUUUUGGCCUAGAAUAUGAUGUUGACUGGUGCUUUUCUCAUGGUUUACAGUCAGCUGCUCCAGUUAAACCAGCCAGCCUUUCUUUUAUUUUCUUUUUUAAAAACUUUUUUCUUUCUUGAAUAGAGACUGACUGUCGAUCUCAGUAGUCAUGUAUCGGGCAGCUGUGCUUUGGCAUGUACUGUGCUUAUGAUUGCCACUUUAUAGAGGAGCAUGGUUGUAAGAAUGU